AUGGGUAGGAUCGCCAAGGAAGUAUCUGGCCAAACCCUGUGUUUCAUUGGCUUUGUGGGGGUGUGUGUUACCUGUGGGGUCCCCAUGUGGCGCGUGUCCACGUUCAUCGGUGCCAACAUCGUGAGCGGUCAGGUAAUCUGGGAUGGACUGUGGAUGAAGUGUGUGAUGCAGAGCACAGGUCAGAUGCAGUGUAGGAUCCAAGAUUCCAUAAUGACUUUGACUCAGGAUUUGCAAACCGCUCGUGCUUUGGUUAUUAUCGCCAUAUUGCUGAGCUUUGUUGGGAUGCUCCUGACCUUCGUGGGAGGCAGAUGCAGCAGUUGUCUGAAGAAUGAAUCUUCCAUGUCCAAAGUGGUGAUCAUUGGUGGUAUCCUCUGCAUCGUGGCUGGCGUGGUCUGUCUCAUCCCCGUCUGUUGGUCGGCUGCGUUCACCAUUUCAGACUUCAACAGCUCUCUUGUCUCACAGCCCCAGAAAAGAGAGAUUGGAGCAUCGAUCUAUAUAGGCUGGGCUUCUUCAGGGCUUCUGUUACUAGGGGGGAUCAUUCUGUGUACUUCAUGUCCACCUAAAGAUGACGUGUACAAUAGCAUGUACCCUUACCAGGGGCCUCCUGUGCGUGCAGGACCGUAUGUACCUGCUGGAACAUAUGCUCCUAGUGCUGUCUACACACCAACAGGAACGUAUAUUCCCACCAAACCAUAUGCAGCCCCGAGAGCUUACUCAGCCAUGCCGAGAGCUUACUCAGCUGUGCCAGGACAAUACCUUUAA